AUGUCCAACGCCUCCAGCGUCCAAGCCCUGACCUAUGACUGCAUCAACCCGCACAUUAAAGAAGCGAAGUAUGCCGUGCGCGGCGAGCUCGCCGUGCGGUCCGAGAAGUACCGGGCGCAGCUCCUGAAGGGCGACAAGGGCGAUCUGCCUUUCGACACCGUAGUGUCCGCCAACAUUGGCAACCCGCAACAGCUCGACCAGAAGCCCAUCACCUUCUUCAGGCAGGUGGCCAGCAUACUGGAGAACCCGCUGCUGCUGGAGAAGGAGGACGUGCUAAAGGAUGCGCUGGGCUACAAGCAGGACGUGAUAGAUCGGGCAAAGACGCUGCUGAAGUACGUUAAGAGCGUUGGGGCAUACAGUCAAAGUCACGGAUCGCCAGGUAUACGGGAGAGCGUUGCAAAGUUUAUCGAGAAGCGCGACGGCUACCCCGCGGAUGCAGAGCACGUAUAUCUCUCGAACGGCGCUUCCGGCGGUGUCAACACUCUCCUCCACGUCAUCUGCUCUAAGCCAGAGACCGGCAUCCUUGUUCCCAUACCACAGUAUCCGCUAUACACCGCAACUCUGUCCGUACUCAACGCCCGCUGCGUACCAUAUUACUUGGACGAGUCACACGCAUGGGGCACAGACAUGGAAGAGAUCGAAUCCGCGCUAAAGAAGGCGAGAUCGGAAGGGACAGACGUCAAGGCGAUCGUGGUGAUCAACCCCGGAAAUCCGACUGGCGCCUCGCUCAGCGAAGAGUCUAUCAAAUCUGUGCUUGAGCUCGCCCAGGAGGAAAAACUCGUCGUCAUGGCCGACGAGGUGUACCAGACGAAUGUGUUCGAGGGCAAAUUCAUUUCGUUCAAGAAAGGGCUACGAGAUCUGCAAAAAGCCGAGCCCGGCAAGUACGACAAUCUAGAAUUAGCGUCUCUGCAUUCCAUCUCCAAGGGCAUGGUCGGCGAGUGCGGUCACCGCGGCGGCUAUUUCGAGCUCAUCGGCUUUGAUGAGAAGGUAGCGGCGGAAGUAUACAAGUUCAUUUCGAUACAGCUGUGUCCGCCUGUUAUCGGCCAGUGCAUGGUAGAGAUGAUGGUGAACCCGCCACAAGAAGGGGAUCCCAGCUACGAGCUCUACAAGCAAGAAUACGACAGCAUAUUCAAGGGCCUACUCGAGCGGGCGCAAGCGCUGUACAAAGCAUUCAAGGAGAUGGAGGGUGUCGAGUGUCAAAGUCCUGCAGGCUCAAUGUACCUCUUCCCAACAAUCCGCCUACCAAAGCGCGCAAUCGAGGCCGCGGAAAAGGAAGGCCGCAAGCCAGACGAGUUCUACUGCUUCCGAAUGCUGGACGCGACAGGGGUCUGUGUGGUUGCUGGAUCGGGCUUUGGUCAGAAGGAGGGGACGCUGCAUUUCCGCACGACGUUUUUGGCGCCGGGCACGGAGUGGGUGGGGAGGAUUACGAAGUUUCAUGAGGAGUUCAUGGAUGAGUUUAGGGAUUAG